AUGUCGAUCUCUCGUCUUGCUCGUAUUCCUCUCUGCAGUCCCUCGCGCUCUUAUGGCACGACAGCAGGCUUAAAUGCCCUCGCUCGUCCCAAGGCAGAGAAUCUCAGCGCGACUUGGAAGGGUACUAGUGCAACUGGAGGUAACACCAAGAAUUUCAUCGGCGGUGCCUUCGUCGACAGUAAGACAACCCAGUGGCAUGAUGUGCUAGACCCUUCGACUCAAACACUGCUCACACGCGUCCCGGAGACCACCUUGGAGGAGUUUGAUCAGGCAGUCGAUGCUGCUAGCCAGGCAUUCAAGUCAUGGAGCAAGCAGAGCGUUCUUGCUCGCCAACGUUUUGCCAUAGAACUUCAGUAUCAAAUCCGUCAGAAUGCAGACGCACUUGCACACAGCAUCGUCCUCGAGCAGGGAAAGACCCUUGCUGAUGCUCACGGCGACGUCCUCCGUGGUCUUCAAGUCGUCGAAACUGCCAUCGGUAUCACCUCCAACAUUGUCGGUGAGAAACUGGAAGUUAGCAAAGAUAUGGACACUGAAGUCCGAAAGCUCCCUCUCGGCGUCUGCGCGAGCAUCGCACCUUUCAAUUUUCCUGCAAUGAUUCCCCUUUGGACAAUUCCCCUUGCUACCGUUACUGGUAAUACCCUCAUCCUUAAGCCAUCCGAGCGGGACCCCGGUGCAGCCAUGAUCAUUGCUGAGCUCUGUUCCCGUGCUGGCCUCCCUGAAGGUGUAGUGAACGUAGUGCAUGGGACCGUGCCCGUCGUCAACAGGAUUUGUGAUCAUGAGGCAAUCAAAGCGGUGAGCUUUGUUGGGGGAGAUCGCGCAGGAAGACACAUAUAUGAAAGGGCCACGACAAACGGCAAACGUGUACAGGCAAAUCUAGGCGCAAAGAAUCAUGCGAUAAUCAUGCCCGACGCAAAUAAGAAUCUCGCGCUCAACUCCAUUAUCGGUGCUGCAUUCGGCGCUGCGGGACAGAGGUGUAUGGCAGUUUCCGUAGCCGUACUCGUCGGCGCAGCACAAUCAUGGCUCCCUGAGCUUGUAGAACGCGCAUCGAAGCUGAAUGUGAACGGAGGAUUUGAGAAGGGUGCAGAUCUAGGCCCCCUCAUCUCUCCCGCCUCCAAAGCUCGCGUCACGGGCCUCGUUGCAUCCUGUGCAGACGAAGGAGGGCGAAUACAUCUUGACGGGAGGAAUGUUCAAGUUCCCGGGUACCCCGCUGGUAACUUUGUAGGCCCAACGGUUCUGGAGGCAACAGUGGGGAUGCGAUGCUACCGCGAAGAAAUUUUCGGCCCAGUGCUUACGGUGAUCACCUCAGACACGCUGGACGAUGCGCUCGAUGUUAUCAAUGAAAAUAAGUAUGGUAACGGUGCUGUGAUCUUCACGCAGUCGGGCGCGACAGCAAGGAAAUUUGAAUCAGGGGUUAACGUGGGACAGGUUGGCAUCAAUGUUCCUAUCCCCGUUCCUUUACCUAUGUUUGCGUGGAGCGGUAACAAAGGCAGUGUGCUUGGUGAUAUCGGCUUCUAUGGGAAGAGUGGAAUCAAUUUCUACACGCAGAACAAAACCACGACGAGUCUCUGGCGCCAAGAAGAUGCCAUUGGCAACAAGGCGUCGGUAGAUAUGCCCACACACCACUGA